AUGGAUUUAGACCUGUUCGAUGAUCUUCUCGGAGACAAUGCAACGAAGAACAACGUUAGGGCUGGUGGCAAGUUUCAACCUAAAGCUAAGCCACGACCCUUUACCAAGAAGAAGGAUUCGGUGGGUGCCACUCAGCCAGUUUCUGAGAAUGUAAAUUGUGCUGGAGCUUCUGAAGCAGUAGUUGUGGAUUGUUUGCCUGAUAAUAACAAUGAUAUCUUGCAUUCCAUCUUUGAGAAUACGGAUAUAUUUAUUGGUUUGGAAUCACUGGAUGAUGAUUUCCUAUCUGUAAGGGAGACAGUUUCUGAUGAUCCCGUUUCUUCUUCUGAGGAACCUUAUAUUCAUGUUUCUGGCAGUCCUGGUGAUGCUGAACAUAAAAAACUCGCAACUCCUGUUGCUCAUGUGGUUGAUGAUUCUGUAGGCAUUCCUUCGAUCCACGACCUGGACACUUCUGAGUUCACGUCUAGCUAUGGCCAGCGAAUUGGAAAAUUCAGGCCGAAAUUAAAGCAGCAGGGAAAUAGAUUGGGAAAUGAUACCGACGUUCAUGAUCAUAAGUCUGCAGCUGAGCCUGUUAACAAUGAGCAACAUACUCCAUUUGUUUCUCCCAGUGUAGAUAUUCUGGAUUUGAGGCCAGUUGCUGGUUUUAACCAAGAUGAUGUCUUUGAGUGUUCAUCUGAGGGAGUAAGCAAAGAUGCUCCUUCACAGUCUGUAAUCGAAGUUCUAGUAGAUGAAACCUUCAUAGAUUUUGAGGGGUUUUCUCAUCAAGAAGUUGUUACUUCAGGAGAGAACUUGGAGGCUGAUCAUGCAUUACCUGGAAAUCUUGUUUCACCUAGCGCAGAUGCUGGAAAAGCUAAAGUUGUUCCUGAAUCAGAUUGUUCAUUUCAGCAGCACCGGGCUUCCACUUCCAAUGAGACUAUAGUGGCUAGUGGUAGAGUAUUUGGAGAGCGAAAAAGACCAAUAAAUGCUCACAAACUUGUUGAUGAAUCUGAGGUCGAGGGACUUGAAAAUUCAGAUAUCCAAGCUGAAUCUCUAAGCAAUUCUUUUGUCAAUGAGUAUGAUAUGGCGGAGGAACUUCGUUCGGAUGAUAAAACCCAAAAGAGAAAAACACAUAACACAUCGAAGAAGCUUGAGGCUGAGAAAGAGAAACCAGUUAGAAAGAGGCCGAAAAAGAUUACUGAAUCAUCAGAGCCAGCUAAAUCAGGACCUAAGAGAUUUUCUCAUUCAAGUCAGAGGAGACAAGUUGACAAAGCGUUACUUGAAAUCCCAGACGACGAAAUAGACAUCCAGAAGUUGGUAAUGAAGGAUGCUAUUUGGCUUACAGACCUUAAAACUAUUGAAUCUGUGAAAAAGGAGGCAAAAUCAUCAAAAGAACAGCUUCAGAAUCAGCGUAAUGUUAAUCACAAUGUGGAUGGCGAUGAAGAUGGAACUUUUGGUGAAGUAAGCGAUGGCGAAGAAAGCUUUAUGGUUGAAGAGAGCUGUGUCAACUAUCAUACUUUCAUGGCCAAAACUCCUAGAUCAAGAUGGUCAAAACAGGACACAGAAGUGCUCUAUCAGGCUUUUCGGCUACAUGGCACUGAUUUUUCAACUAUCCAAGUAUGUUCUUUUCCGGAUAAGACACCAAGGCAGAUUAAACUGAAGUUCAAGAAAGAAGGUCAACAGCAUGCUUGGCGAAUUAAUGAAGCUCUUACAAAACCCGUCAAAGAGCAGUAUCAACUUUUGAUCUUGAACCAAGUUACGGCCAGGAUCCAAGAUUUCUGCAGAGCUAAUUCAGUCAGCUUGACGGAAGAGGAAGAGAAUCCUGAUGCUAAUGAUGAAGCAGCAAACUCUGAGGAGAUAGACGAAGCAGCCAAGCCUGAGGAAAUCGAUGAAGCAGUUUUCGAUGGAAAUACCAGAGCAGAAGUUGCAGUAACUCAGGGACCUGCUGUAGAUCCCCAAGAUGAUGAUGAUGAUGAUGAUGCUCUCCCGCUGGAGUCAAUAUAA